ACCUGGGGCAAUGAGAGCUCUGUGCCCGGCGUCACCCUGGUGCGGCUCUUCCUGACCGGGGUCAUCGAGGUGCGCAACGCCAUCCGCCAGACCUGGGGCAAUGAGAGCUCUGUGCCCGGCGUCACCCUGGUGCGGCUCUUCCUGACCGGGGUCCACCCGCGCUACGGCGCCCCGCUGCAGCGGCUGCUGGAGGAGGAGAGCGCCCUGCACCAUGACAUCGUGCAGCAGGACUUCCUGGACACCUACAACAACCUGACGCUCAAGACGCUGAUGGGCCUGGAGUGGGUGACCCGGCACUGCCCCAACGCCAGCUACGUGGUGAAGGCCGACAGCGACGUCUUCCUCAACUUGGGCUACCUGGUCCGGCAGCUGCUGCAGCCGCCCAGGCAGGACUACAUGACGGGCUACAUCUACCGGGGCACAGGCCCGCUGCGCAGCAGAGCCUACAAGUGGUACGUCCCCCGGGAGGUGUACCCCAACAACACCUACCCGCCCUACUGCGGCGGCCCGGGCUACGUGCUCUCCGGAGACCUGGCCAGGAAGGUGUACGGCGUGGCCCAGACCCUGCGGGUCAUCAACAUGGAGGACGCCUUCGUGGGGAUCUGCUUGUACGAGCUGGGCGUCAACGUGACCAAUAGCCCCUGGGGCCUCUUCAAUGACGGCUGGCUGGAGUACGAGACGUGCCGCUUCUCCCGCCUGGUGCUGGUGCAUCACUACGGCCCCGCGGACCUGCUGAGGGUCUGGCCGGACUUCCAGGCGGGGAACAAGACCUGCCCCAGCUAGCAGGAUGGGGCUCGGGCAGGGACGCUGGGCUGGGCAUAGAGCCUCACCCAGACUGACACCCCGGGGUGUGCGCCCCAGCGUGUAUACCCAAUGGACACAUACCCAUCCUUGUGUGCACCCCCGAAGUACACACACGCCAGUGUAUACACCCAGUGUACACCCCCCCCAUGAGCACCGCCCAAAGUACAGACACCAGUUAUACACGCAGUGUACACACACACCCCAAAGUGCACACACGUCAGUGUAUACACCCCGCAUACACCCAUCCACCACUGUGAACACCCCCCCAAAGCACACACACGCCAGUGUAUACACCCUGCAUACACCCAUCCACCACUAUGAACACCCUCCCAAAGCGCACACACGCCGGUGUAUACACUCAGUGUACACACACACACACACAUACACCCCGGUGUGCACCCCCAAAGUAUACACACACACCAGUGUAAACACCCCCGCAUACACCCAUCCACCACUGUGAACACCCCCCCCAAAACACACACACACCGGUGUAUACACCCCCUCGUGUGCACCCCCCCAAAGUACAGGCACACACACACCAGUUAUAUACCCAGUGUACAUGCACACACACACAUCCCUCCUAAAGUACACACACGCCAGUACAUCCACCCAUCCACCACUGUUAACACCCCCUAAAGUACACACACACACACCCCUGUACACACACACCAGUUAUACAUCCAGUGUGUACACACACACACACAUCCUGUGUGCACUCCCCAAAGUACACACGCCAUUGCUUACUCUCCAGUGUGUACACAUCCACCUGCAUACAUCCCCAAUGUAUACACUACACCCACACAUGCAUGCAAAUAUAUACACCCCUCAAAGCACACACAUUAGUGUAUACACCCACAGGUCCACACCCACCCACCAGUGUGUACACUCCCAAAGUGCAUACACACACACACGCUAGUCUAAACACCCCACCAACACCAAUGUCUACAGCUCCCGCCCCACGUAUACAUACACACCAGUGUCUGCACAGGCAGGCAGGCCGAUGGCUUCACGCGCCGUGUACACACACUGGUUUGUACACCUCCCCCAACACACACACACUUUAACCUCAGGUCUGGCCCACAGCCAAUAACCCCCCAGGCUGGCCGCCGAGUGCUGCAUGCAGGGCCUGAUGCCCCGCCCCGGCUGCCCAGCGGGCACGUUGCCCAUGCCCAGGGAGAGUCCCCUCGCCUGGGUUUCGGCCAGGGCUGGGAUGGAAAGCCUGCUCUCCGCACUGCUAAUAAUAAAGGGGCCGGCUC